AUGAAGUUUGGGAAAGAAUUUGCAUCACAAAUGGUGCCAGAAUGGCAAGAAGCAUACAUGGAUUACAACUUUCUCAAAGCUAUUCUGAAAGGCAUGUCAAAAUUUAGGCAGUUAAAUGAGUCAGCACAAAUGGCAUCAACCUCAAAAGGGUCUUUGAAGCGAAGGUUAACACUCUAUAGAGCUUUCAGUGGUCUUACUUGUAGACAAAGAGGGUCUCCAAGGAAGAGUGAGGAUGAAGUUAUACUUGUUUAUGCUGAGGAGGGUGAAGGUUCAGAAGGGUUGUACCAGACCAUCUUCCUUAGGCCUUCUGAAGAAGGGACAGAACAAGAUCUUGUGUUUUUCAAGAAACUUGAUCAUGAGUUUAACAAUGUCAAUAACUUCUACAAGAACAUGGUGAAGAAAGUGGCUGAGGAGGCAGAGGAGUUGAGUAGGCAAAUGAAUGCUUUGAUUGCUCUCAGAAUAAAGGUGGAUCAGGUGGGAUUCAAAAAUCUUGCUAGCAAUAGGAGCUCAACUUCAACUUCCAUGAAGCAUCAUAUAAAUGAUGCCACCCCAAGUCACUCACGUCUACAGCUGGAUGUGAUUCAUGAAGUUGAGAUGAGUAAUAGUGGGCAUUUAGAAGACAGAAGUAGAAAUUUUGUAGAACCAACCACUUCUAAGACUUCAGUAAAGGGCUUUAAACCGGCUUCAUUGGAGAUCCUUGAUCAUGUGAAGAUCAACAUGACCACCCCAGAAACUCCUAUAUCAACCAUAAAAAGUAUUCUCUUGAAUUCAAAAUCUGACCUGUCAUAUAGCAAGAAAGAGCUCAGGAAAGCAGAGGAACAAAUAAGUAUAGCCUUAAAGGAAUUCUAUCAUAAGCUUCGGCUUCUAAAAAGCUAUAGCUUCUUAAACCUGUUGGCAUUCUCAAAAAUCAUGAAGAAGUAUGACAAGGUCAGUUCAAGGAAUGCAUCAAAGGAUUACUUAAAGAUGGUGGACAGUUCGUAUGUUGGAAGCUCAGAUGAGUUUUCUUCCAAACCUAAAAUGCUGUCUGUUCCAUGAUGUACUACACAGGUUAAUAGGCUCAUAGAAAGGGUGGAGCAUUCCUUCAUUAAGCACUUCGCAAAUGGGAAUCACAGAAAAGGAAUGAACACAUUGAGACCAACUGCAAAGAGGGAGAGGCAUAGAAUUACAUUCUUAUUGGGGCUGUUUGCUGGCGGCUCAAUUGCACUCAUUGUGGCACUGAUUGUACUGAUGUACGCAAGAAAUAUUCUAUAUAGCGAGGGUCGAAUUUUAUAUAUGCAAAAUAUAUUUCCUCUUUAUAGUCUCUUUGGAUACAUUGUCUUGCAUAUGAUCAUGUACUCAGCAAAUGUAUACUUUUGGAAGCGUUAUAAGAUCAACUACCCCUUUAUAUUUGGCUUCAAGGAAGGAACAGAGUUAGGCUACAGAGAAGUCUUUCUUCUUAGCACUGGCCUUGCACUACUCUCAUUGGCUACUGUCCUCUCAAACUUGGAUAUGGAAAUGGACCAAACAACAAAAAGUUUCUCAUUGACAGAAUUAGCCCCUUUAGGCCUUGUCAUUGUUCUGCUUCUUAUAACAUUUUGUCCUUUCAACAUUAUAUAUAAAUCAAGCCGCUUCUUUCUUGUUCAAUGUGCAUUUCGUUGUGUUUGUGCUCCUCUUUACAAGGUCAAUCUCCCAGAUAAUUUCUUGGCAGACCAGCUGACCAGCCAGGUGCAGGCCUUUAGAAGUUUGGAAUUCUAUGUUUGCCACUACUUCUGGGGAAACUACAAGACCAGAUCAAACAAGUGCACUGAAAGUGACAUUUAUAAUACAUUAUAUCUAAUUGUAGCUAUUAUUCCAUUCUGGAUCCGUUGUCUCCAGUGCCUUAGACGCUUACUUGAAGAAAGAAAUAUAAUGCAUGGGCUCAAUGGGCUAAAAUACAUCUCAACAUUAUUUGCACUAGUCAUGAGGACUACUAAUGAGUUACAUAGAGGAAUGGUUUCGGAAAUCGUAGCUGCAACUUCUUCAGGCGUUGCAACCAUUGUUAAUACGUAUUGGGAUAUUGUCAUAGACUGGGGUUUGAUGAGAAGAAAUUCAAGAAAUCCAUUGUUGAGAGAUAAACUGUCUGUUCCACACAAAAGUGUAUAUUUUGGUGCUAUGGUGUUGAAUGUUAUACUACGACUUGCUUGGAUGCAAUCUGUUUUAGACAUUAGGGAAGCUCCUUUCCUGCAUAGCACAGCUUUGACUGCUUUUGUAGCUUGCUUGGAGAUCCUUCGCCGUGGCGUUUGGAAUUUUUUCAGGUUGGAGAAUGAGCACUUGAACAAUAUUGGCAACUAUCGAGCAUUCAAGUCAGUACCCCUGCCUUUUACUUAUGAACAUGAAGAUGAUGGAGAAAAUAGGGCUAUAUAA